CCUCGCGGCUGAGCGGUCAUUGCUGAGGGUCUGCCACUGAAAAGACAUUGCAGAGGGCCUUUAAAUGAUCACAAUUGAAGACAGAGAGAGCAAGUGAGAGUUCCACACGUGUCUACAGCAGUAGUGGAGCAAAACUCAGGAACUGUGUUUCUGAUAUCCUAUAAGAAAAGCAUGAAUUAGAAGAUCCAGCAUUUGAGAUGGAAUCUCUUCCUCAGGAUGUUGCUGACCUAGGAUACUCCCGUUCAGUGAAAGGACAGAAUGAGAAUGCUGAGAAAAUGAAGAAAACUGUCAAAGACAAAAUCCAGAACACUCAACUGCAGAAGAGCAUGGGCCUCCUGGACAAACUGCAUGAGGAGAAUGACCUUUUCAUUCAGAAGACCCGAGAGGAGCUGCGUAUCUGUCGUCAGAGAAUGGGCCUCCUCAGCAAACAGCAGGAGAGCUUUGCAGCUGAGAUCACCAGAGAAAAAGAAGCUAACAACAUGGCAGCUGUGGGCCGUCUCCAGGCUGCAUCCAGAUGCCUAAACACAGAGCUAGAGAAUGAGAGAGACCUACAGUCAAAAAUCACUGCCAUUCUAAAGCAGAGCCAGAACACCAUGUGGCACAUUGAGAUCGAGAAGGGGAAAUUUGAAGAUGUCCAGAAGCGUAGCCAAGAGGAGGCAGAAGCCAGGCAGAAGCACCUCCAGGCACAUGCAGCCCAGCAGCUCUUCAGGGAGAAAAAGGCCUUGGAGAAGGCAGAGAAGAACCAGCUGCUGAGGGCCCGGAAGUCCUUGCAUGUCCAGAGGGAGCUGGGGAUGAGACACCAGAGGCUAGUAGAAGAUACCCAGAGAAACCACAAGAUCGCAGUGAAGUUCCUGAAGGCCUCCCUGGGACGAAUUCGGGAGAAAGAGAAGAAGGAGGAGCUAGAGUCCCGCGAGCACAUGAAGCGUCGCAUGGAUGCUGUACUAGCACUGAAGAGCAACAUCACUGCCAGCCGUGAAACACUGAAGAAGUUUCAGGCCUGGGGCCAGGCCAGGACGGUGCUGGCUAAGCAGAAGGCCUGUGCUGAGAAGGAAGCAAUCCUGUCCCAAGGUGGGGAUGCAUUCAAGCACCUUUUCCAUCAACGAAAGCACCAGGAGCUGGAGGCCCAAAGGCGGGCCUUUGAGGAGGAACAGAAGCUCCGGAAACAGGAGAUAGUAAGUAAGAUUUUGAAAGAGGAAGCUGAGGAGGAAAAUCGGAAGAAGAAACAGCAUCUCCCUACCAAAACCAAAGACCGAUGGACUCUGCGAGACAAGACCUGGAACUACAUCUCCGACUUCUGUGAAGAGAAGACCUCUGCCAUGACCACCAACAGCCUGCUGGAGAAUGAAAUGGCAAUAUGCCCCAAAGCCAGCUGUCUACAGGCAACCACCUCCAAUGAGUCUAUGCAGGGCAUCCUGGGAACCGUCAGUGCAGAGGAGAUUCUGGCUGAGCCAGAGAUCCCGGGGCUGUGGACUGAAGACUACAAGACAUACCAGGUGCCCAAAGAGGAUAUGGACAGAAAGCCUGUGGGUGGGACCAAGAUGGACAAGGACAUCCUGGCCCGCACUAUGGAGCGUCUGCGCAGUGGGGUGGUCCACAAACAGGUGGUGUCUGGGCGGGAGUUCAAGGGCCGCCCCUUCAACAGCAAACCUGAGCUCAUCCACUUCAAGGACUUUGAUAUUGGCAAGGUGUACAAGAAGAAAAUCACGUUGAUCAACGCCAGCUACACAAUCAACUACUGCAAGCUAGUGGGUGUAGAGGAGAGCCUGCGGGAUUUCAUCCAUAUUGACUUUGACCCUCCUGGCCCCAUGUCAGCUGGGAUGUCCUGUGAAGUACUCGUCACUUUCAAGCCCAUGGUAAACAAAGAUCUGGAAGGAAAUGUCUCAUUUUUGGCUCAGACGGGUGAAUUUUCUGUUCCAUUGAAAUGUUCAACGAAGAAAUGUUGUCUGUCCCUUGACAGGGAGCUCAUUGACUUUGGCAGCUACGUGGUGGGUGAGACCACAUCCCAGAUCAUCACACUGACCAACGUUGGAGGCCUGGGCACCAAGUUCAAAUUUCUCCUGGCUUCUGAGUCCUAUGAUAUGAAUGAAUCCCAGUCCGACAUGAAACUAAGCAGCCUCUUCACCUAUGAGGAUAAAAGCAUCUAUGACAAGGUCAUUCCCAGUUUCUCUGAGCAACAGAUUGAGGGCAACGACUCCUCCCCAGUAGACAACCAGAGCCAGAAGGAAUCUGAGAAACCAUAUGAGGAAGAGAGUACAACAGACAGCCCUGUGACGGUAGUUCCCAGUGAGGAGCAUCCAGAGAUCACGCUAGGGGAGGUGUCAGAUGGGGAAAUUGGCCCAUUCAGUUCCAUCAAAGUGCCCAUCAUCUUCACCCCAGUCAUCCCAGGAGAGGUCCAGGCCAAGUUCAAAGUCAUGUUCAAGAAUUCACAGUGUCCAACACUGUAUUUCAGAGCCACUGGCAUUGCCAUGGACGUGCCAGUCUGGGUGCCAAAACCCACUGUGGACCUGAAGAUUUGCAUGUAUGACCGCCUCUACCAGGACUCCAUCCUCGUCCACACGCGAUCAAAAGCAGCCCUACGCCUGAAGUUUGAAGUCUGCAAGGAACUGAGAGGCCACAUAGAACUCCUGCCAGAGACAGGCUACAUCCAGGCCCUGUCCUCCUACUCUGUACAGCUCAAGUUCCUUCCUCGACUCUCUCUUGCGGAAGAUGCAGGGAAGUACUUUGAUAAAGACAGCCGAGUUCUGGAGGCUCCAAUGACAAUCUGGGUGGCUGACCAGACCAGACCAGUGGGGUUCAUCGUUCAAGCUGUUGUCACCACCUCAGACCUGGAAAUCAACCCCUCACAGGUGCACUUUGGCUACUGCACCAUCUAUGAGGCCAUCAAGACAGAGAUCAACCUCACCAACCACUCGCUUCUGCCCCAGGAGUUUGGAUUCGUUGGCGUUCCCAAGUUUAUGGACAUCCAGCCCAAUGAUGGGUUUGGGACAAUCUUGCCAUUGGAAACUUUGAAUCUUGACUUGAUCUUCCAACCCACUAAGGCCAAGGAAUACAACUUCGAGCUGGUCUGCAAAUCUGAAAUAAACCGGUGCUUCAAGGUGUCUUGCCAAGCUGUGGGUGUCCACCCACCCCUGGAGCUGUCCCACUAUCUGAUCAAGUUUGCAGCCACUGCACUGUACGGUACCUCCGUGGCCUCACUGUAUGUCAUCAACUCUCACACGAGCAUGAACAAACUGACCCAUGCCUUGCCCUCCAUCAGCUCAGAGGAUGUGACCCCAGUGGGACCAACAUCCUUUGAGUUCUUGUUGCCCCCCAACUCGCCCAUCACCAUCUCACCCACAGUGGGGACUGUGUUGCCAGGAAAGAGAUGCCUGGUUCGGGUGACCUUCCAGCCAGUACUGCCCCAUGAGGUUAUCCUCAAGGAAGCACUCCAGAACCUGAAAAAGAAAACAGAGAUGUUCCGAAAGGAAUCAACCCAGAGAAAGGAACACUGGAAACCAUCUUUGCCCAUGGGCCGAACGCACAAGGACCGACAGGCCAGGACCUCCAUUGCCCGCACACUGGAGAUGAAGAGGCAGGACAGUCUCAGUUCCACCGAGUACCAGGCUGCCCAAGCCACCCUGACCAGAGCUUUUCCAGGGAAGUUUAACAAGUAUGUGGUCCCCUGUGUCAUUGCCAGUGGUGACAUCAAAGACAGGAAGCCAUCAGAACCUCUGAGCUUCAGCCCCUACAACACCCUGUACCUGGAAUUAUGGUGUCCAACAGUGGCUCCAUUUAUCGUGGUGACAUCCAACAAAGGCAAGACUGUCUUUAACUUCGGGGAUAUUGCUGUGGGACAUCGCAGCAUAAAGAAGGUCUCCAUCCAGAACAUCUCCCCUGAGGACCUUGUUGUGAAGUUCUCAGUGCUGAACCCCAAUGGUCCAUUCGUCCUGAUGAACCCCUCCAGAAAGUUGUGCUCGGGUGAAACACACGUCCUGGUGCUGUCCUUCUCACCCCAUGAGAGCGUCUUGGCUCAAGAAACACUGGACGUUAUCACCAAGAGAGGCACGCUCACCCUUACGCUCAUAGGCACAGGAGUGGCAUCCAUGAUCACAUGCUCCAUUGAAGGCAGCGUCCUCAACAUGGGCUACGUGCUUGCCAGAGAGUCUAUCUCCACAAGCUUCAAGCUACAGAAUGACUCCUCACUCCCCAUCAAGUUCUGGGUGCGGCUGGAGAGCCUCUCCAGCACUAGGGCCAAGGACCGGCAGCAGCUGCCAAACUUUCUCACCUCUACCAAGCAGAGGACUGAAGUUGUUGGCACCCAGAACCACAAUGGCCAGAGUGUGUUCAGCAUCACCCCUGUUGAGGGCCUCAUGCUUCCAGGAAAGGAUCAGGAGUUCACCGUGACCUUCAGCCCAGACCAUGAGAGCCUCUAUUUCUCUGACCAGCUCCAGGUGGUGCUCUUUGAAAAGAAAAUCUCCCACCAGAUCCUCCUGCAGGGUGCUGCCCGUGAACACAUGAUGUUCCUGGAAGGAGGAGACCCGCUGGAUGUGCCUGUGGAAUCUCUGGCAGUGAUCCCUGUCUUUGACCCAGAGCACAGAGAAGAGGCUGAGGAGCUGAAGCCUGUUCUGGUAACUCUGAACUAUGUCCAGUUUGACACAGAUGUGUCAGCUGUACCUGCCACCCGAGAGCUACAGGUGGGCUGUAUCCGGACCACCCAACCAACACAAAAGAAGACGGUCGAGUUCAGCUUGGACAGCAUCCCAUGGCUGCAGCACAAGGGUUUCUCCAUCGAGCCCUCCAGGGGUUCCGUGGAACGCGGCCAGAUCAAGACCAUCAACAUCUCCUGGGUGCCACCUGCUGACUUUGAUCCAAACCACCCACUCAUGGUGUCAGCCCUGCUGCAGCUCAGAGGGGAUAUAAAGGAAACAUACAAGGUCAUCUUCGUAGCCCAUGUGGUGGCUGGCUCCUGAGGCCACAGGAGCCCCUGCAGAGCCCCUUGGGCCCUCCUGCCCACCAUGAAGUACUCUCCAGACUGUGGCCCAGGCCUGUGACCUGGGCAUCCCAUGCUGGGCAGGUUCAAAUGGACAGUCCUCAGCAUAACCCUACAGCCAGGACCCCAUAGUGAUCCCCCACAAACAUGGCAACUUUGCCUGUCCUGAACCCAAUGAGCCCAGAGCCUGAGAGCACCACCCCUGGACCCACAUUAAGAACUACUGAUAUGACCAGUUCAUCAUACAGCCUGCUCCUCGCUGGGACCCUACAGAGACCCCCAUAACACCUGUCCAGACUCUAGAAAACCCAGUGAGGGGCUGGAGGGGUGGCUUAGCAGUUAAGGCGUUUGCCUGCAGAGCCAAAGGACCUAGGU